GCCCAAUUUGAAGAGGACGAAGAGAGUGAUCCGCACAGACAGCGCAUUGAGAACGACCCCGACGCCAUCAACAGUUUCGCCUGUCCGUUGGUGUACUACAGACACAUCCCCGUGCACUGGCGUGUGAAUAUGUCUACGGCCCUGGGGAGUGCCUGGAGUGUGCUGCAGCCGUUCGGUGUAAGCAAUCGUCGGGGCAUGUUUGUGUACCGUGAGGUGUCUGGGCGAGUGUUCUAUCUCGUGGUGAAUGAAGGCAACUGUGGCAAAGAGAAUACGGACCACCACACCCCAGCGACCAGCGGUAGAGGGUCGGCCCGCACUGUAAGUGGAGCGACAGGCGUGUGGCGAUGCGGUUGGGUUGGGUUUGGUAUUGUUUUUGAUGCGGUUUGA